AUGACUACGAAGCCCCAUCCGGAGAAUUUGCACAAGACGCUGGAGCUGCUGUUCACGACAGAGUGCCUCUUGCUCAGUGCAGCUCUUGAUGCGCUUGUGCCGUUGUUUUAUGGCAAUUUUCUUCUGCUGAUGGUGCGUCUACCGAACGGGAAAUAUCACACCGACCUAGCUGGUGCCACGAUCGAAAAUAUUGGCGGCCUAGUGGACACCAUUUUCGUUUAUUCUCUUGUUGAGGUCGUGUCGCUUGUGGCGUUAGCUUGGAUGAUCUAUCGCAAUUUGGCUAUGAACGCUCUGUAUCACGUUGCGUUUGUACUGGAGGCGCACAGCGAAUUGAUCCGAGCCAAGUUGCUGACGUGGAUGCUAAUGACGAUGGCGUUCAGGGUGGUCCACUUCGGCAUCGACUUCACCUUCCAGUUCGCUUGGCUCUCAAGUUAA